CCAGUGUGCACUUAAUAUCGAGAAACCUGUGGAAGAGAUUAUGUCACCUUCAGACUGUGGAUUUAAGACUCAAUAAGACCAGCCUACAAAGGUGACUAUCGAGUGCGUACUUACAUUACUGCCUGCUUGGAGAAUAGGCUGGAUGGAGUGUUACUCCCUUGUAUCGAGGCCGACUGCACGGACAGUGCUUUCCAAUUGAGCGUUUGCCAUUGGGUUGGUUUUGGCAUUGAGAGAAAUGAAGAGAGGUCAAGAAUGAUGCUUGAACUAAGCGGAAAGAAAGAAGGAGCGCUGCACCAAGAAUUGGAACGCUUUUCGAACCCGGCAUCUAACGGAAAAACUGGUACCACCUAUGCAGAUUUAUUUCGACUUGGACAUAUUACUGAAUUGGAUAUUGCGGUUUAUUAUCUGGAACACGAUCAGCAGCAAAGUGCUGAACGGGUGAUACAACAGGAAAUAGUACAACUGGAACAGGUGCUGGGAGAUAAUUGCUACUGUUUGCAUGACCUUAUGCAAGCACUGUAUAUGAUCAUGUCGAACCAAGGGCGCUUGGUAGAGGCACAAAAGCUAAAGAAGAAAUUAUUGGAGAGAGCUGAAAGACUAUUUGGGGAGGAGGAUUCCGCAACGCUGACCAGCUUACAAGCUUUGGCAUCAUCCCACCAUGUUUUGGGGCACUGGAAGGAUGCAGAAGAAUUGGCAAUACGACUAGUUCAAAUCAGAGAGAGGUUGGUAGGCCCGGAACACUUGUCUACGCUGAGCGCUACAAGUCUUCUUUCAUCUAUCUACCGAGACCAGGGGAGGUGGGCAGAUGCAGAAGAACUGCAGUUGCGGGUAUUACAGACAAAGUCAAAAGUUGUAGGGGAGGAAUCCCCGAACACGAUGAGUGAUAUGGAUAACCUGUCAUCGAUCUACCGUAAACAGGGUCGGUGGAAGGAAGCAAUACAACUGGGAAAGAGAGUUAUGGAUAUAGGUUUGAGAGUACUUGGGGAGAAGGACCCUUCGGUUAUGAUUGGAAUGGGCAAUUUGGUGUCAGCGUACCACGGCGAGGGACAAUUCAAAGAGGCAGAAGAAUUGGGCACACGGGCCAAAAAUAUCUGUCUUAAUGUGCUAGGUGAAGAGCACUUUGUCACCUUAAUCGUCAUGAGCAGCUUGGUAGCAACAUAUCGAGAACAGGGGCAAUGGGAGAUUGCCGAAAAUUUGGGUACGCAAGUAAUGCAGGGCAGUCUGAAGAUUCUAGGUGAGGAGCAUCAGUUCACGCAAAAUAGCAAGGCAAAUAUGGCAUCAAUAUAUCGGUCUCAGGGUCGUUGGGAUAAGGCAGAAAAGCUAGAGGCGGAGGUCCUUGCGAUAAGCUUGAAAACGCUUGGGCCAGAACACCCUGACACGCUCAUCAGCAUCGGCAACCAGGCAACGGGCUAUCGGCACCUCGGGCGCUGGCAAGAGGCAAAAGAGUUAGCAACAGAGGUGACGGAGAAAUGCAAGAAAGUGCUUGGCGAGGAGCAUCCCAGCACUCUUGUUAGCAUGGGUAAUUUGGCAUUAAUAUACCGAGACUUAGGCCAGCUGAACGAGGCAGUAGCUUUAGAAGCACGUGUGGUUGAAAUUCAGGAGAAGAACUUGGGAACAGGCCAUCGAGACACCCUUACUGCGAUGUCUAAUUUGUCACUAACAUACCUGGCUUUGAACCGUUUUGAGGAAGCAGAAGAGCUGGGCAUGAAAGUGAUGACGAGAAGUCUGCGGGUGCUUGGCGAGGAACAUUCUUUAGCAAUGAUGGGUAUAGACAACUUGGCAUUCAUUUAUGAGAGCCAGGGACGUUGGGAGGACGCAGAGGAGCUGGAGAUACGACUGUUAGAAACAAAGCGAAAGGUGUUAGGUGAGGGCCAUCCACAAACCUUAGCCGCAAUGGGUAAUCUCGUUAUGACGUACAGGAAUUCUGCGAAGUUGGCCAAGGCAACAGAGCUCGAAGCGCAACUUAUGGCAUUUCCAAUGGAGGAAUAGGGAUCCCAUAGCAUUCUUCGACCACCGAAGAGUAUCGAAAAGUUUGAGGUUCAUUAGAUAUAGUCAGCAAUAUGGUAUUUUUGUAGUUCUUGUAGGCUAAGAAGAACAUAUUCCUUGGGUGAGCUUGUCACGUUGUUCUCCUGAAAUGGCACCUGGGAAGCCUAAUACAUUUCUUUCUGGUACGCGUGACUCCCGAUGGGUGCAUGUUUGGUGAAUGAGGAGUUGUGUUUUCGCACCUGCUGAAAAUAGUAGUCGAACCAGCAAUAUAUGGAGUGUGAGGACAGGGACGCACAUAACCCAUGUGCUGGUAGCAUUGAGAUUUCAAGGGUAUCGAAACCAUGAAGAACACGAAGAAUAGAGAAUUUGCAAGUGUAUAUUUCGUUGGAUACACAGGGAAAGGCACUACGUAUUGCUUGAAGUUCAUAAAAUCCAGAAGGGUCUUAGUGUUCAACAACCCCGAAGA